AUGCCCCGUUCUCCUGGCAACAUUCAUACUGGCUUGCGGAAGCCCAUUAUUGGGGCUUGGCUAGCCAUCUUGUCAACCUUGCUUGUGGAGAAAGGAAGAUAUCAUGAGAAGCACUUCAGAUCAGGAAUCAUAAGCACUAAGCCCUCAGCCAAUGCAUGUAUCACAGGUUCCCUCUUUGCUGUGCAGUCUUCUGUCAUCACCCUAACAAGCUCCCGCAAGUGCCUGAGGCCCGGAAGCGAAAGCCGCUCCGCCUCUUCCGAGCGGGGUCACGGCCCAGCUGUGGGGAGCAAGGUUUCCGAGAGUGCGGGGCGUUUCGUGGGUCAGGGCGGCCCCCGGCCCGGCGCCAUGUCCCGGAACCUGCGCACCGCGCUCAUUUUCGGUGGCUUCAUCUCCCUGAUCGGCGCCGCCUUCUACCCUAUCUACUUCCGACCCCUGAUGAGGUUGGAGGAGUACCAGAAGGAACAAGCCAUAAAUCGGGCUGGUAUUGUUCAAGAGGAUGUGCAACCACCAGGGUUAAAAGUGUGGUCUGAUCCAUUUGGCAGGAAAUGAGAAGGCUGUCAUCAAUUCCGAUUAUGAAAGUAGAUAUCUUCAGGCUGUAGAUUCUGCAUCGAGUGCAAUAAAUCACCUCACUAUAGAACAAUGACUGGAGAAGAAAACUCUGUAAUGCCAUGAAGUAAGAAUCCUUGUAAUAAAAGACUCUGCACAAGGAUUAAUAUUUCCCUUCUUAAGUAUCAAAAGAACCCUGGAACAAAUUAUGCCAUUUUGGAAGAUUUUCAUGAUUCAUUUGGCUUGCCAAAAAUGAAGGUAUCUCACCCAGCUGUGUUUGGAGGAGAUCUGCUUAUUACUAAGUCUUUACCACUCACCCAGCUGAGCUGUGAUAGGAAUACAAGUGACCGAUGGGCUUGAGUAGAUCCAGAUCUACUUUGCCAUCUUCCAAAUGAGAGAUUUCAGUGAAAAACCACCAUGCUGAGCUGCCUCAUAGGACUCUUUGAAAAUGUUCAAGUUGAUAAAGCUCUUUGAAGACAAGGUACUUUGUGCAGCUUAACCAUCUCUUGUUGAAGAUUGCUUCAUGUUGGAAAAUAAAUAAAUGUGAAGCAAGUUAAACUAGAUAGGUACACAUGCCUAGUGGAAAUCAAUGGUGAAUUAACAGAAGUGAAAAUAUGUAUAUUAAAUUGACUUAUUUUUACUUCGCAAUGGUGUGUUUUUUUGAAAAUCUUUUUUUGUAAACUAAUUAAAUUAUAAGACCAAGAAGUAC